AUGAUACUCUUCGGCUGUUCGAAGCCAAACCAUCCUACUGGCGGCGUUUGGGAUUGUGAGCACCAUUCAGUAUGUGACAAGGAAAACCCAAAGAUACUGUUUUCAUGGGCACGCAAUGCUCCUUCCUUGUCGUUACCGGACAACGUUGGUGUUGCGGUUGGUGGAGACAGCGGUAUUGACAACUACGUCGUGCAGGUACAUUACAAUGCCAAGUUUACGGGAGAAGUUCUGGAUUACUCUGGAGUAGUGCUUAACGUUACUUCGCUGAAGCCCCGUUACUUCGCAGACGUACUCCUGAUGGUUAGUAGCGCCUAUUAUAAUAUCCCACCACAUAUGUCAGAAGUCGCUCUAAACAUAUCCUGUACAUACUACGGCCCAACGCCGCUUCAUAUCUUCGCGUACCGUACUCAUGCACAUUCAUUAGGUCGAAUUAUUACCGGUUACAAUAUUCUUAAUGAUCAAUGGACCCUCAUUGGAAAAGGUAAUCCUCAGUGGCCCCAGAGGUUUUAUCCAACUACUCCUGAAGUCGUUGCUGAACCUGGCAGCAUUCUGGCGGCGCAGUGCAUUUUCAAUUCUACCACAAGGGAUACGGUUACUUACAUAGGUGCUCAUGGAAAAAACGAAAUGUGCAACUUCUACAUGUACAUUUAUGUCGAAUCAGAGUAUGGGACAAUGCUAAAGCAGCUCGGGGAAUGCCUGGACUCAAACGAUACCAAACUGUUUGCUAAAUAUCCGGCAGAGGCGCGAAAACCGUUGGAGAGAAACCCUCUGCUCGAGAUGGAGGCUAAUAUGACUAUGGAACGGUUUGGUGAGAACUGA